CGUACACGUACGCGUAUACAUUGACACGUACGUACGUUUGUUGGACAGACAUGUCUGUCGAGCAUGUAGCCAGCAGUGGAUCGAAGAGUCUGUACAAUUCAGCAAACCAAUGCACUUAUGUGUAUCGACAAUCAGGCAGCUGGCUGGCUGGCUGGCUGGCUACUCAAUAUAUAAAUAUUAAUUUGGCCUCACACCCUCCCCGGCUCGAUCGAUCCUUCCGGCCUCACUCACUGCUUCUUGGUCAUCUCGAUAGUGAAUGUGCGUGAGUUGUCCCCCUCUGUCCCAUUGCCAUCUGGGAUGGGCAGACGCACACCGUAGUACUGCAUGCACCGCCGUACACACUGCAGCAGCGCCCUGUCUGCCUCGCCCCCUGCCGGCGGAAGCCGCACGCACAGAUUCACCUCGUCGGGCAUCAGCAACAGAGUCAGAUCGAACAGCGACUUCAGGCUCGCUGCCAUCAUGACGUUCCGCCGCUCGAAGGUCAGCUUCUUGACGGGCGGGGCGAGCGGCGGGGCCAGCACCAGAGGGGGCAGCUCCACGGGCAGAAGCUGACCGGAGAUCUCCACACGCUGCAGCGGGGCCGUCCGAUCCUAAAGCGCCAGAUUACACACAGGUACGGACACACACGAUGUCUGUAAGCUGAGUGGCUGGCUGACUGACCCUGAGGUAUCGCAGACACUCUGGUGUGGCGGAUGGGGCCAUGUGAAAGAGAUGCAGGCGAUCUAGUGAGGCCAAUGACGUCACGAUGCGGCUCAGGGGGUGGGGCGGGGCGGCAAUGACGCUGGGGCCGAGUAUCGUCAUGCCGACGCCGGCGAGGGUGAGCUUCUUAACGUUUGGGUAGCGCCCCGGCUGUGUGAGGAAGUCAGGGAUGCUGCUGAAGUUGUCGUCGUGCAGGUGGAGCACCCCAAUCGGAUGGCGGUUGAAGGUCACUGCAAAGCUCACAGCGCCGCUACAUGGGGGCAGGAAGCUCCACCUCUGACACAUACAUCGAACAACACACACACACACAGCGGAAUGGAUGCAUGGCUGGCGGCACACAUGAAUGGCUCAGUCGUGCUGGCUGGUAGGUAGACUACCUGAGGCAGCGGGACGCCCCCAUAGGCGAUCAUCACUGACAGACAGACAACAGACAGACAGACAGACACACAGACAGAAGGACAGAAGGACACGCACUCCUUCAUGCUUGUCGGCAUUCUGCUUCUUCAUACCAGUUUUGGAUUCGGCGGCAAAUCCCUCAGCCAUCCUCCGGACGAUCGGAUGGAGAGGCGGCGGGUCUACGGCGCUGUUCUGGGGCUCAACGCAGUCCAAUGUGAAGCUGCAACGGACACAGAUACAUCGCCCCGAAGAAUGAAUGCUCUGCAAUGCUCUGCGCUGCACGUACCAGUUGUCGAAGCUGUACGCCAUCUCACAUCCAAUUGCCUCCAGCUGCUCAAUGAACCCGACAGCUGCAUAUGGACACACACACACACACACACGCAACACACACACACAGACACAGACACAGACACAGAGGAAGAGAGAGUGAGAGAAGGGGGACUCGUGUCGGUUGGUUCGUCUCCUCUCCUCACCGCUCAGCCCGUGUGGCCCGGCGGUGCUCGUCAGCAGGCCAGGCAUCCGCUCGUUGACAGACAAGUCAUACGACAGGGUCAGCUUUUUCUUCCUCCUAUCGUUCCUGCGGCCCCACAGCUGCCGCAGCACCAAAAUGAAGGGAUGCAGCGCAUCGAAGGGUGCGUCGGGGUGCGACAGGUUGCCUUGAAUGCGGAUCCAGUCGAGCAUGGUCAGGUGCGUCAUGCUCACAAGGAGCGGGAAGGAAUGCGGCAGCCGCCGGGGGUCUGCCGACACACAGACAGACAGACAGACCGACCGACAGGAAGUGACGAAGGGUACUGGUGUGUAUUCUGUGUGGAUGGGUGGAGCCUAACAUGGCGUGAAAGGGUAGAUGUUGAGCCGCUGCAGCUUCUUGGAUGUGUUGAGGAAGUGCGCCAGCGGCUGGUCGAUGAACGACUCGGUAAAGCGGUCGAGCGCGUAGCUGUCCCCCUUGCCGUCUGAGCCGUAGUACAUGUCGCCCUCCAACUCAAUCAACUGGGGCCUGCACACAAACACCCACACACACACACACCCUCAGAACUGCAUCCCCCUUUUCUGUCAGAGCUGCAUUGCAUACCACUCGAACCCCUCGGUGACCAUGCGCACGAAGUACCGCAGGCUGUCCACACGCAGCUUCUUGAUGUGGGGAAACACAAUGCGGUCAGCAGGGGGCGUCACAGCAGGCGGGCUGCCGAUCUCCUGCCCCUCAGCGGGGAACUUCUCGCUCUCCAUGCCGUCGAAUCGAGUGAUGACCAGCUUCUGCAGGACGGCGGGCGACCGGCGGAUGGCGGCGAUGACCAUCUCAUUGACGGGCCACUCGUUGGGAUCCAUUUUGACCACGAUGCUCUGGUGGUGCGUGCGCUCCAGCCGACUUCGGACGUGGGGGGGCAGGUCCCAGAAGAUGUGCUUGUCGAUGUAGAGAUGGCUGUAGAGGGAUGACGCUCCGCCGGCCCGCUGAUGGUGCGGCUUCAUGAUGUCGGUAGACGGCUCGCCGGUGACGCACGUGCAGAAGUGUCGGGACACCUCUGAGAGCUGCUUGGUGCCGUCAGUGGUCGUGAAGAAGGAGCCGGCGUAGGACAACACCUCGUUGGGCAUAGAGCGGAAGCCAGUGAACGGCACCUGCGUGGAGGAAUGGACGGACGUGACAAUGACAGGCAUGACAGUGACGACAGAUCUGUCCGUCUGCUUUUCUGUGUGUCUGCUUACCAUCUCGUCCGUCGAGGCAGCAGGCGAUUCCUGAUCUGGCGAUGGAUCCAUUGUGGGGAGAACAAGUGAUGACUGUGUUCUCAGCAACACUUCGAAGAAAACUAUUUCGCCG